CACAUUUGGUAUACAACUCUGUUAUUCAUAGUCUUUAGCUGAAGGCAAGAAAACUCAUAGAAAGCCAUCGUAGAGAGAGAGAGAGAGAGAGAGAGAGAGAUGGGGGCUGAAACCAAAGGAAACUUGGAUUAUUUGACUAAGAUUCCAGAGAUAAAGUUCACGAAGCUGUUCAUCAAUGGAGAAUUUGUUGAUUCCGUUUCAGGGAAAACGUUCGAGAGCAUAGACCCAAGAACGGGGGAAGUGAUAGCCAGGGUUGCAGAAGGGGACAAAGAAGAUGUGGAUUUGGCUGUCAAGGCUGCCCGCCAAGCAUUUGACCAUGGCCCUUGGCCUCGCUUGCCUGGCUCUGCAAGGAGAAAGAUACUGAUGAAAUUUGCAGAUUUGAUUGACGAAAAUGUGGAGGAACUGGCAGCAUUGGAGGCCAUUGAUGCUGGGAAGAUCUUCGGUUGGGGAAAGGCCUUCGAGAUCCCAGGCACAGCGGAGUCUCUCCGGUACUAUGCUGGUGCAGCAGACAAGAUUCACGGAGAGACGUUGAAAAUGUCGAGCGCGAAUCAAGGUUACACGUUGCGCGAGCCCAUCGGUGUCGUGGGCCAUAUCAUCCCUUGGAACUUCCCGAGUACCAUGUUUCUGUUGAAGGUUUCGCCGGCACUAGCCGCCGGUUGCACCAUGAUCGUCAAGCCUGCUGAGCAGACGCCCCUUAAUGCUCUCUACUUUGCUCAUCUGGCUAAGUUGGCCGGUAUUCCAGAUGGAGUGCUAAAUGUGAUAACGGGAUAUGGAACGACAGCAGGCGCAGCCAUUAGCUCUCAUAUGGACAUUGAUAAAGUUAGUUUCACAGGGUCUACAGAAGUGGGACGCCUUGUAAUGCAGGCUGCAGCCACCAGCAAUUUGAAACCUGUCACGCUUGAACUAGGAGGCAAGAGUCCUCUCAUAAUUUUCGACGAUGCAGAUCUUGAUCAUGCUGCAGAACUAGCCCUCGCUGCUAAUUUGUUUAACAAGGGAGAAGUUUGUGUGGCGGGAUCGCGUGUUUUUGCUCAGGAAGGAAUUUAUGAUCAGUUGGCGAAGAAGUUAGGAGAGAAGGCAAAGACAUGGGUGGUUGGAGAUCCUUUUGAUCCUAACGUUCGCCAAGGACCACAAAUUGACAAGACGCAGUAUGAGAAGGUGCUUUCGUACAUUGAGCAUGGCAAACGAGAAGGAGCCACUUUGGUAACUGGUGGUAAACCCUGUGGCGAAAAGGGAUACUACAUAGAGCCAACUAUUUUUUCUGAUGUUAUGGACAACAUGACGAUUGCAAAGGACGAAAUAUUUGGGCCUGUGAUGUCUCUCAUGAAAUUCAAGACCGUGGAAGAGGCAAUACAGAGAGCUAACGCCACAAGAUACGGGCUAGCAGCGGGGAUAGUGACCAAGGACCUCAACGUGGCCAACACCGUCUCAAGAUCAAUUCGAGCUGGAACAAUAUGGAUCAAUACUUAUUUCGCUUUUGACAAGGACUGCCCCUUCGGAGGGUUCAAGAUGAGCGGGUUCGGGAAAGAUACGGGCAUGCAGGCACUUGAACAGUAUCUUCAAGUCAAGUGUGUUGUUACUCCCAUUUACAACUCUCCUUGGCUGUGAAUCGAUAUAUUUCUUCACCGUUUGAUGGAAGAAGAUCACGCUGCGUUGACUCUGAAAUUUCGAACUCUUGUACAACCUUCUAUUUGAUGAAUAAAAGAUAUUCCAUGUUCAAAAAGCAAUACUCCAGUGGAACAUUCCCCAGUGGAUCCUUUAGCUUCUUUGGUUAUUUUUGUUGUACAUAGUUGUGUCUUUGAUGUUGCUCAGAGCCUACUGUUUUGGCUCUGUUUUUUUUUUCCCUCUAAUAAUUGGGUCUUGCAUGACCUCGUGAGUUGUAUC